AUGUCUCCAAAAUCGCCAAAAGGUAUCAUUGAUCUGAGUGCAGACGACACCUCAGCCGUCUCAGCACUGAUGCAGUACUGCUAUCAACUCGACUACACAGACCACCUUGUAAGCCUAGACAACGAUGUACCCGAGGAGGUUACCCUACGUUCUCACGUCGACGUAUUCAUGCUCGCAGAACGCUACGGCGUUUCCGGCCUGAAGAAGAUUGCACUCCAGAAAUUCGAGGACUUUGCGACCAUGGUGCUGAUGGUUGAUGGAAAUGAAGAGCAGAUGCGACAUGCGAUUCGUGCAAUGUAUUCGCCCAGUCGGAGAGCGAAUGUGGACGAUCUCAGGAAGGUUGCUGUCAAGCUUUGUGCGAAUCACGUGCAGGCGUUCAUACACGGCACUGGCAAGACCAUGGCUUUGGUAGAUGGCGUUGCGUUGGAGAUGAUGGAUGAAUGUGCGAGGGGCUGCUUCGACCCUACUUCCAUUAUCAGUGUACACGCAGGCAGUGAGAGCCACAUGGUGACCCCGACAGCCCAUACACCAAGGAUCGAAUUCCUCGGUACUAUCGUGAAUCUACACCCAUAUGAGGCUUUAAAGACACUGAAUUGCCCGAGAUAUGGGAAUAAUGCGCGAGUACUUACAGCCAAGGUGGCAACCGGAUGCCCGUUUUCACAAUCAUCGCCCUCAUCAGGCAGCCGUCUGCGUCAUUCAAAGGACCAGAUCACAAUUAACAUCUCCAAAUCCACCAGCGGCGUCCAGAACAACCGAGUUCCCCCACGACAGCCCGAGUUCGUGAAUGAGCCACCAAGUCACCGAGAUUUCGCAACCAUCCAACAUAACCGCGGUACCCCUCCGUGGAAGAAUGUUUCACACUACUUCAUCACACAUUCUAGCCUCGGCGUGGGUGGUCCCAACCUCGACAUAAACACCACGGACGGCAAAUAUAUCGACUUAUAUGCCGCCAGCUUCGAAGGGGGAGAGGAAAAACAUGGCCGUAACUCUACGAGACUGUUGUGUUAG